AUGGGUGAAAAGGCGUCAGAAUCAUUGCGCCAGGGCCGGGAGGAGGCUCCAAGGAAGCAGCAACACGCUGCGGCUUGCGGUCCUCUGGCUGUCGCAGGACCGGCCAUCGCAAAUGAGGGCCGAGGCGACGCUCCGCGGAGUAAGAUCCUUAUCACAGAGAUGGAUGAGUUCGUGUUGGGCUUACAACUGAAUGCAGAAACAUGCAAGCGAGAAGCGCGUGACGUGUUUGCGGACGAAGAUGACGGUGCGGCGUCUUCAGGCACUCUGUCAAAAGAUGACAAAAGCGGGUCGGCGGCAAGGAAAAUGACAGCUGGAAUUGAAGACCAAGUAAAGGAUGGAGAAGAUGCAGCAGUCAAACCGGACGAGGUUCUGCAUGAAGCUGAAAUUGGCAAAGGUUUGGCUGGUGCUCUGAGGCUUCUUAAGGACAGAGGGACACUUGAUGAGGGUGGUGAAAAAAUCAGUGACAAGAAGAAAAGCAAGCCUGUUGGUAUCAAGGAUGGACCAAAAGAAAUUAACAUAGAGAGAACUGAUGAGUUUGGUCGAGUGAUGACUAUGAAGGAGGCAUUUCGGGAGCUUUCACGCAAAUUCCAUGGCAAGGGCCCUGGCAAGACGAAGCAGGAGAAACGGCAGAGGAAGUACCAGGAUGAGUUGAAAACCAAGCGGAUGAAAUCUUCCGACACGCCUUUAAUGUCCGCGGAGAAGAUGAGGGAGGCCCAAGCGCGCAACAAGACACCAUACCUUGUUUUAAGCGGCAAUGCAAGAUCAAGGCAUGCUGGCUAG